GCGGCGCCGUGGGCGGGCCCGCGCCGUGUUUACCAACAUGGGAGGAGCCGGGCGUGGGCCGGGCGCAGGCAGCCGGCCGCAGGGCCGCCUUCGCCUCGGCGGAAGGUGCGGGACAGCGCUGGGCAGCGGCGGCAUGGCUCGGGCACUGCUUCCCCGGCUCCUCGUGGUUGUCUUAAUUGUUGAAACACAGUGCAAGAAUGAUACUGAAGCUCUAAUACACACAGCAUACAAUAAAUUAAUUACAAGGAGGAUCAUUGCUAAGAGGGAAAUUAACUGUAACCAGGAUGAAUACCUAUCAGGUGCUACGUGUUGCAAGAAAUGUGGACGUGGUUUUGUUAAAAAUACCAAGUGCCCAACGGAUAUUAGCAAACACUGUGUUCCAUGUGAAAAUGGAAAGGAGUACAUAGACCAUGUCAAUGAUGAGGAGAAGUGUUCAAGAUGCCAUUCGUGUGACAGGACAUUCGGUUUGGAGGUUGCAAUGAACUGUACCCCAGAAAAGGACACACAAUGCGUCUGUGCAGAGAACCAUUUUUGCAAUACUCGACCAUGUUCGCUCUGUGAGUCAUGUACAAUAUGUGAAAGCGGCAUAAUUGAAAAGCCGUGUACUUCAAAUUCAGACACUGUGUGCGGAAUGAAAGCUCCAACAGAAGUGCCAUGGUGGGCCAUUCUUUUGAUAAUUCUGUUACUACUGGCAGCUGGAGCGAUAUGCUUCUACAAGAGAAAACAGAAGGGUCUUACUGGGAAUGGGAACCUAGCCAAAGUAGUCUCCACAACAGAUGCUUCUUGUGAGAAUGUAUGUCUCAUAGAGACAGAUGUUGACCUGAGCAGCCACGUUGCUGGUAUCGUGGAGGAGAUGACACUCCAAGAAGUCAAGACGUUUGUUCGAAAUCACAAAGUGCCAGAACCUACCAUAGAUCAAAUUCUUCGGGAUUAUUUUAGUGAUACAUCUGAACAGAAGAUUAAGCUGUUUCAAGCCUGGUAUCAAAGACAUGGGAUAAAAGGAGCCUACAGAACCCUCGUAAGCAGCCUGAGAGAGUUUAGAAUGUGUGCUGCAGCUGAUAAAAUUGAGGAAAAAUUGAAGGCAGCUGCUUCCAGCUGUCAGGAAGGGGGACAGUCCUAUAAUGAUGACACUGAGCAAAACAAAACCUGCACUCAGGAAGGCAGAAACUCUUAUGAUGAUAGUGCUGAGCUAAGUAAAACCUGUUCUGGUAGUUUGGAAGAGACAUAGCACAGAGUCAUUUGAGAAUUAUUUCUGACUGAAUUAGUAUUUUUCUAAUAAUACAAGUAAGAAAGCUUUUAAAUGCCAUUUUCAUCGGCAGUUCUGAUUGAUUCAAGGAAGUACAAUAUGAACAAGGAAUAAUUACGAUUUUUGUAAAAAUAUCUUUCCUUUAGAAAAAAGGUUUAACUUUAUUUUGGUUGUUGAGAACUGGGAGGAGAAGUUUUAUACCUUAUUUACUAAGAGAUACAAUAUAAAAGUCCAGCUAUAGGAUUCACUCCAAGGAGAAAGGAGCAGUCAUUAUUUGAGGAAAACGUCUAAAUGUAUGGUCCUGCAUUACUUAAUUGAUGUAAUGUUUUCCUUACAUUAGAACUGUGGGAUGUUGCGUUUUUCAGAGUGAAAACUCUGGUGUUCAGAGUCUAUGAAGUGUAGCAGGAAGAAUACUUGAACAAAAAAAAUUUGUUAUAUACACCUGAUUAAUUUUGAAUAUAGAUGUUGCCGUGUAAUUAAAUUCUACUCUACUGUAAAUGGAAUUCUGCCUUGUAUAAAAGCACCUCUGUGUGUGUACGCAGAGUUCUGUAUACUUGCAUAUGUAUGUGCAAGUUUUCUGUGCAAAAGCUCCCUUGUUCUCUGCAAUAAUUGCAGCCUUUUCUAAUGUUAAAACCAUUCAAAGAAGCAGGAGCUGAAGCAGUACAGUACAGCAGAACCAUGACUUUUGGAAGGCAACCUGCAGAAGCUGUGAAGCCUCCAUAAGCAAGUGUGCCACACCAGCUUUUUUAAUGCAGGACCUGCUGCAAUGGAAACUUCAUUGUCAAUAAAAAAAUAAAUCCACGUA